UUUCAAUUGAUAUGAUUAUGUUUACCCUUUUUACAUGGAUACGCGAUUGCAUUUCAUUUUUUGUAAUUGAAUAAGACUAGUAAAAUGAAUUAUGCAACAUCUACACAUGUCAUUCCUUGUUUAUAAAGAGCAGAGCUGAGAUGAUCCAGGGAUGGCGAAGUUCCAGUUUCUCUGAUUAAAGCAGUGGGAAUUUCAAAUGAAGCAGAGAGCAGAGAACAAAAUUGGAGAGGAUUCAGGGACAAUAGUUAGCAAGGAAUAUACUACAAGCAACAAAACAACUUUCUAUUGCACGGCAGCCUGAUAUGACGUUAGCUGUUGCAUCAAGAGCAUCAUGGCAAAACGUAAGGUGUCUGGUCCUGUGAAGGCAUCGAAAGGAGGCAAAGGAAAAACCAACACAGAGCCUCAAGACAAGAAGAAGGAACCGGCUAAGCAAGAUGUAAAGGCCAGGUCAAAGGUCAAGGAAGGUCUGAAGUCUUCGGUCCAGGAUGAAGAGUUAGCACCUGCUGAAGUCAUUCAAAAUGGAAGGCGAAGAGGCAGGAGCGCCAAAUUACAGGCUGUAAAGAAAAUGGCAACCAUGCAGGAAGAUAUCAAAGGGACAGAAGGCAGCGGUGAUGAUGAUGAUGAUGAUGAUGAUGAUGAUGAUGAUAAUGUUUGCCUUGAUUUAGAAUAUGAUGAUGAAGAAGAUGAAGAUGACUUUGAAGCAACAGUACGAAUAGAGAAGAAAACAAGGCACAAACCUCUCUCUAGUGAAAAACUUAAAUCUCAAGGUAAAAGCAAACUACCUAAAGAAGAUUUGAAAGCUCAGGUGAAACAGGUGGAGAUGAAAUAUGAGGAACGGUAUGUAUCCCAGGCUUCACAAGAGCAGUUUCUUUCAUUAAGUGAAAGUGAUUCUUCUUCAGAAGAUGAAGACAUUGGAAGUUCGAGCAAGGUGAAAGGUUCUUCGUCAAAGCCAAUCCCUGAUAAAUCUAAAAGCGUAAAUGCUGCAGCUGAUAAAUCAAAGGUGAGGGAGAUGAAAAAGGAACUGAGUGGAUCCUCUCCUGUAGUGCCAUCUCAUUCAGCACUGAAGUCGAUGUUUGAUGACUUAGAAGAUGUCCCAGAUCUUGAAGGUUCUCAACCAAGGAAGGAUGGAAGAUGCAUUCAGUCCUUGUUUGAUGAUGUUGAUCAAGAAAGUGAUCUUGGAGAUUUAAGGACCCAUGAAGAACAAACUGAUGCAAAACCAGUGGUUGCGUCACAGUAUUUUGCAAACAGUGAUGCGGAGGAGUGUAGAAGUCCUGAUCGGAAAAACCUUACCCUUAAGGAGAAGCUGAAUGUAAAUGAUGCAAUAUCUACUGUCAAAUCUACUCUCUCUGAUGAAAUUAAAAAGAAGGAAGAUGAUGAAAGUGAAUAUGAGGAAAGUCCUCCAAAGAAAGCCAAGAAACAGAUCAGGAAGAGGCCGGCCACAGGUAAACGAGCUGCCAAAAUUGAGGAAAAGAAGAAUGAGAAACAAACCAAGAAAUAUAAUGAUCCUAAUGCUUCACCAGCUACUUCACAGUAUUUUGCAAACAGUGAUGCGGAUGAGUGUAAAAGCCCUGAUCGUAAAAAUCUUACCCUUAAGGAGAAGCUGAAUGUAAAUGAUGCAAGAUCUACUGUUAAAUCUACUCUCUUUGAUGAAAUUGAAAAGAAGGAAGAUGAUAAAAGUGAAUUUGAGGAAAGUCCUCCAAAGAAAGCCAAGAAACAGAUCGGGAAGAGACCAACCAAAGGUAAACAAGCUGCAAAGAUCAAGGAAAAGAAGAAUGAGAAACAAACCAAGAGAGAUGAUGAUCCUCAUGCUUUACCUGCUACUUCACAGUAUUUUGCAAACAGUGAUGGGGAUGAGUGUAGAAGCCCUGAUCGGAAAAACCUUACCCUUAAGGAGAAACUGAAUAUAAAUGAUGCAAGAUCUACUGUCAGAUCUACUCUCUCGUAUGAAAUUAAAAAGAAGGGAGAUCAUGAAAGUGAAUUUGAGGAAAGUCCUCCAAUGAAAGCCAAGAAACAGAUCAGGAAGAGACCAACCACAGGUAAACAAGCUGCCAAAAUUGAGGAAAAGAAGAACGAGGAACAAACCAAGAAAGAUUAUGAUCCUAAGAGACCAACCACAGGUAAACAAGCUGCAAAAAUUGAGGACAAGAAGAAUGAGAAACAAACCAAGAGAGAAGAUGAUUCUAACACUUUUCCUGCUACUUCAAUGAAAAGAGGAAGAACUAAAAGCCAGUCUACUACAUCAAAUACACCUGUAGUGAAACCAGAAAGAAGAAGAGGAGGAGGAAUAGUAGAUCAACCUGAUGUGGGAGAUGGUGUCAAAAGUCUCGAAAAGAAGAGGAAACUUUCCACUGUGGUGAAAAACUCCUCGGCCAGUACUGUCAAGAAAGUUGGAAGAGGAGAUCAAGUUGAUGUAAAAGAUAGCAUCAACAGCCCAGUAAAGAAAGGGAAACUUUCCACUGGGGUGAAAAACCCCUCGGCCAGUACUGUCAAGAAAGCUGGAAGAGUAGAUCAAGCUUAUGUAAAAGAUAGCAUCAACAGCCCAGUAAAGAAAGGGAAACUUUCCACUGGGGUGAAAAACUCCUCAGCCAGUACUGUCAAGAAAGCUGGAAGAGGAGACCAAACUGAUGUAAAAGAAAGCAUCAACAGCCCAGCGGAGAAAAGGAAACUUUCAAACAGGAUGAAGAGUUCCUCAGAUGAUGCGGUCAAGAAAGCAGGAAGAGGAACAACCAAGGGAAAGAAGGAGACCAAGAAGAAGGUCAAGAAGAUGGAGAUUAAGGUGGAAGAGGAAGAUGCAGAUAUGUCAUCUGAUGAUAGCCACUCAGACUGGGAGGAAGUAGAAGACACACCGAUGAAUGAAUUAGGAGAACCCAUGCUGGAGCCGAGUCCCGAGAAGGAAGCCAAGGCUGAGACAAUGUCCCUAGAGAUUGAUAUUGAUCUACCAGGAACAUCCAGAGCAGGAAAGAAAAAGAAGAAAGAAUAUAACUGGGCAAAUUAUUUCCAGUGGCAAGUCAACAAAUAUAACAAGGAGAGACAACUAGAGCUACACAAGGCUCAUCUGGUUCUGCUUCUUGCUAGUAGUUUCCAUAGCAACAAGAUUUGCAAUAAGAUGGAGCUUCAGUGCGUGGCUCUCUCCACCGUUCCAGUCGAGAUUCUAUCAAAGAAACCGAAACAACUCAAUAUAAACUAUCUUAGCAAAGUCCUUAGCUGGUUCAAGAAUUGUUUUAAGAUCAGAUCUGAUCUGAAGGAGGAUUUGAUGACAUCGCUUGAUUGGAUUCUACCAUCCAUGUUUGCAAAGAGACAAGCAGCUUCAGAGAGGCAACUAGUUCAUAUGUUUGCAAUUAUUCUGAGGUGCCUAGGAGUAGAUGUACGUCUCAUUUUCUCUCUCCAGCCGUUGACCUUUAAAGCCAAGAAGCUUACCAAGAAAUUCAAGAAAGCGAAUGAGAAAGCUCCAAUCAAGAAACCACCGAGUCAGAGUUUAAUGAAGGAACGAGAGAAAGUGCCUUCAAAACAGUCCAGUUCUUCUGGUGACAUCUCAUCUCCUUCAAAACCUCAUCAAUCACCCAGCAAAUCUUCUUCAAACAAGUCAUCAGCGAGUGCUCUAAAGAAGCAUUCCACAAAUGCAAGCAUGAAGACAAAUCUUCCAAAAUCCAGACAGCAGCCUACCAAACCUUCUUCAAGCAAGUUAUCAGCAAGUGCUCCUAAGACACAAUCUACUUCAUCAAAUAUGAAAAUGUCUUCCUCAAAAGCAGCUCACCCGCCCAGCAAAUCUUUAUCCAACAGUUCAUCAUCUAGUGCUACUGCAAAGACGACAUCCUCAGACACAAAGAUGAGUCCUUUAAAGUCUGGUCAGCGACGUAACAGCAAAGCUUCAUCAGGCAAAUCAUCAGCUAGUGCACCAAAGACACAGGCCACUUCAUCAAACCCAAAGACUACUUCUUCUAAAGCUGUGCAAGGAAAGGGUAAAGCACCCAGUGGGCAAGCCAUAAAGGAGCAGAAGAUGGCACCAAAGAAAAUAUCUGGGAGCAAGAUGAGAUUAGAUAUGAGCAGGAGCACUGGUAAGGAAGGAGGAGAGAAACAGCGAUUACCAUCCAGUGGAGGACAUACUCCGAAGAGAACCCUUAGGGUAAAGAACAACACCAGAAGGACAAUGGCUUCAAAGAUGAACCCAAAGUAUGACCAGCAGGAUGAAUCAGGCGAUGAUGAUCACAGUGACUAUGAGGAGGAACUGAGGAAAUCUGCAUCCAAGAGGAAGUCAAGGGCACCGUCUACAAAGGGAUCCUCCAAGAAGAGAGCAAAGAUGGCAUCAUCAGUGUCCAGCAUCGAGGAAGUUUUAUCUGACAGUGACUUCGAUGUUCAAGUGAUGAGUGUCACCAAGCAACCAAGGAAGACUGAACCUAAGAAGGGUGGAAUCAAGAAGAAAGCCUCGAGGAAGGUCUUGUCAUCUGAUUCUGAUGAAUGUGUUAUGUUGGUAGACAUCUUAGAUCCAGGCUCUGAUUGCUGGCUUGAGGUGUAUCUAUCUUCUGAAAAGCGUUGGAUGUGUGUGGACUGUGUGAGAACGCUGAUUAACAAACCUGAGAUGUGUGAGAAGAAAGCAACCCAACCCAUCACAUAUGUUAUCGGUGUGGAAAACGAUGGUUGUGUGAAAGACGUGACCAGAAGGUAUGCGUCCAAGUGGAUGACAGAGACUCACAAGAUAAGACCUGUUGAUGAAUGGUGGGAAGAAACCCUGAAGCCAUAUCAGAGCUAUAAGGAUAGAGACAUGAAAGAGGACUCGGAUGUUCAGAGUAACCUAACAAACAAGCCGCUACCUACAUCUGUAGGAGAAUACAAGAACCACCCACUAUAUGCCUUGAAGAGACAUUUACUGAAAUUUGAAGCUUUGUAUCCAGAGUCUGCCGCCAUCAUGGGAUAUUGCAAAGGAGAACCUGUGUAUUCCAGGGAGUGUGUACAUCAAUUGCACACAAAAGAGACAUGGAUGAAAGAAGGAAAAGCCAUCCGCAUCGGUGAGAAACCUUAUAAGAUGGUCAAGCCAAGACCAAAAUGGAAAAAAGGACAAGGUAUGAUCAAGACGGAAGAGGCUAUCCUGGGGAUAUAUGGGGCCUGGCAAGUUGAAGAUUACAUCCCGCCUCCAGCAGUAGAUGGCAAGGUGCCUCGUAAUGAGUAUGGAAACGUGGAGCUGUUCAAACCUACCAUGCUGCCUGCUGGUACUGUUCAUCUCAAGCUUCCUGGUCUGAACAGAGUUGCUCGUAAGCUGAACAUUGAUUGUGCCCCAGCUAUGACAGGCUGGGAUUUUCACUCGGGAUUUAACCACCCUGUAAUGGAUGGAUUUGUUGUCUGUGACGAGCAUGUAGAUGUCUUGGUAGCAGCUUGGGAGGAGGAUAAGGCAGAGCAUGAGAAGAAGGAAAAAGAAAAACGAGAAGCCAGAGCCAUGAACCACUGGAAACUCUUCAUCAAAAGCCUUCUUAUAAAGGAAAGACUUAAACAUAGGUAUGGGGAGAAUAAUCCCAACUUUGAUGCACCAGGUACAUCUCAACAAUCAGAGAAAGAUGGAAGAAAAGAUUCCAGUCCAGUCAAGGCUUCAUGGCCUGAGAACAAGAUGACUGCAUUCACAGGAGAUGAAGGGAAUCUUCUGCCGUUUGAGAAGAAAAGUAAGAAGAAGAAAAAGCGAUGAUUUUCCAUUUCCACUA